AUAUAUAUUUGUACAGAUAUAGACGUUUGUUUUCAAAAAGAUAGAACGCUAUGGCGCGCUGUGGCACCGCAGGCUUCGAUCGACAUAUAACUGUCUUUUCGCCAGACGGACGUCUGUACCAGGUGGAGUACGCUUACAAGGCAGUCGUUGGGGAAAACCGCACAACGGUCGCCUUGACGGGCGCCAACUGUGUUGUGCUGCUGAUACAGAGGAAGCCGGUAAAUCAUAUGACCAUAGCAGCAACUGCGACUCGAUUGUUCUCCGUUUCGAAGGGAGUUGGAUGUGCGAUGCUCGGACGUCUAGCCGAUGCCCGUUCCCAGGUGAACAGGGCAGUCCAAGAGUCAGCAACAUAUGAAUAUACGUACGGCUAUCCGAUGCCCAUAGACGUGCUGGGCUUUCGCAUGGCCGAUAUCAAUCAGGUGUACACUCAGAAUGCCGAGAUGCGUCCGAUGGGUUGUUCCAUGGUGUUGGUCUCCUACGAUUCGGAAUUCGGGCCAAUGAUCUACUGCACGGAUCCCUCUGGCGCCUGCAUUGGCUAUCGCGCCUGCGUCUUCGGCACCAACAUGAAGCGGGGCAAUCUCUACGUGGACAGGCUGUACAAGCCCAAUAUGAACACCGACAGGACCAUUAGGCUGGCCAUCAACUCAUUGUCCUAUGCCCUGGAUAAGAUGCUUAAGGCAAGCGAUUUCGAAAUGGCAAUUGUCACAAAAUCGAAUCCCAAUUUCUAUAUGCUAAGUGAGUCCGAGAUCAAGUCUCACUUAAGCCGCAUGGUCUCUGGCCGGCGGAAGAGAAAAGCUUAAGUUGUUCCUAUACCUUGCCA